AUGUUGAAACCGUUGCAACGAAUACGACCUUGUCGAAAAAGUCAUACUGCGUUCACUUCCCACUGUAGAAGAAGAACACUCGCGUCUAACAACAGCUUUGUUGAAUUGGACAAGAAAUGGAGAAACAGAUGGAGCCAACUACAAAAACCACCAGGCCACUCACCGUCUAAAGCUAAGGAUUUCUUUGCCUUGGUGAUGUUUCCAUAUCCAUCAGGAGUGCUACAUUUGGGCCAUUUACGUGUAUACACAAUCAGUGAUGUUGUCGCCAGAUACAAAAAAUUGAAUGGGUACAAUGUCAUACAUCCAAUGGGCUGGGAUGCGUUCGGUUUGCCAGCGGAAAAUGCGGCAAUAGAACGGGACAUCGACCCCGCCAUUUGGACAGAGACAAACAUUUCCAAAAUGAAGCAACAAAUGAUCAACUUCCUGGCUGAUUUCGAUUGGGAUAGGGAAAUCAAUACAAGUUCGCCUGAUUACUAUAAAUGGACGCAAAAAAUCUUUCUCAUGUUGUAUGAUAAUGGUCUUGCUUACCGUAAAAAGGCAGAGAUUAAUUGGGACCCAGUUGACCAAACGGUGCUAGCUAAUGAACAAGUCGAUGCCAAAGGGCGCUCGUGGAGAAGCGGCGCACUUGUUGAAAAGAGAAAUUUGGAACAAUGGUUUAUUGGGAUUACAAAGUAUGCAGAUCGGUUGGUGGAUGAUUUGGAAUAUCUUCUGCAGUGGCCUGAGCAUGUCAAGACGAUGCAAAAGAACUGGAUAGGAAGGUCUAAAGGGUGCGUUGUUGAAUUUCCUAUUGAAAAGGGUGGUGAAAGGAUAUCGGUGUUCACAUCGCGACCAGAGACGUUGUUUGCGGUUCAGUUUCUAGCACUCAGUUUGGACCAUCCAUUGGUCAAGGAGGCGUCCAAAAAUGACCCGAUGUUGGUGAAGUUUAUUGAUGAAUCAAGGAAUGCCGGAUUCAACUCAAAAGCUGGUUACAAGCUCCCCAUCAAAGCAUCUAUUCCACUCAACUCCGACAACACGGUAAGGACAGUUUUUGAUGUCCCUAUCUAUGUUGCUCCGUAUGUGCUUAGCGAGUAUGGGUCAGGUGCCGUUAUGGGAUGUCCGGGGCAUGAUGCAAGGGAUUUUGAGUUUUGGAAGUUGCACGAGCCUAAUCAAUCAACUGUACAGGUUAUCGGACCAAAGGAUCAAAAAAAGAUGAGUAUUCCAUAUACCACAAAAAGCGGUGUUAUGCAAGACAACAGCACUCUUGAAGGAGGGUUGGACGAUCUCCAACUUUAUAAAGGCUUGUCCGGAAAGGAUGCUGCAAAUAGAAUCACCCACCAGUUGACUAAACAUGGACUUGGAAGUGUUAGUACGCAAUACAGACUAAAAGACUGGUUGAUUAGCCGUCAAAGAUAUUGGGGCGCACCAAUACCAAUUAUACAUUGCUCCGAUUGUGGUCCUGUGCCGGUGCCUGAUGAACAACUUCCGGUACUUUUGCCAAAAGUGAAUAGCAAGCACUUCACAAAGGGGAACCCAUUGGGUAAUAUAAAUGAGUUUGUGAAUUGCAAGUGUCCGUCAUGUGGGAACAACGCCAGGAGAGAAACUGAUACAAUGGACACAUUUAUGGACUCAUCGUGGUACUAUUUACGCUAUUUGGAUUCAAAGAAUGAGACUAAAAUUAUUGGCUCAGAAGCAAGUCACAAUAUGCCUGUUGACCUCUAUGUCGGUGGAGUUGAGCAUGCCAUCUUGCAUUUGUUGUACGCGCGGUUCAUUGCUAAAUUCCUAAGUGACUGUGGCGUUUGGGAUGGUAAAAGUUGUCAUGAUGAACCAUUAACCAAAUUGGUUACACAAGGAAUGGUUCAUGGUGUCACAUACGCUGAUCCCGACACAAAUAAAUUUCUCAAGCCAGAAGAAGUUGAUUUUUCAAAUCCACAAGCACCGGUUGUUAGAGCAUCUGGGAAGACGCCUAACAUUUCCUACGAGAAGAUGUCUAAAUCAAAGUACAAUGGAGCUGAUCCUGGAGAAUGUAUCGCCAAGUAUGGUGCUGACGCAACAAGAGCCCAGAUGUUGUUUCUGGCACCUGUGUCUGAUACGUUGUUGUGGAAUGAGGAUCAGAUUGCUGGUGUUGAUCGAUGGCUCAAACGAGUUCUCGGGUUGAGGGAAAUGGUUGCGGAGUCGAAGAGAAAAGGUACUGGGCAAGAAGUUGCAAAAGUGACAUUGAGAAAUGCAAUAGCUGGUAGAAUGGUUGUCGGGUUGAAUGCGUGUGAGUUUGAAUUCUACAAUCAAGUUCAAGACCUAGUCAAGCGUAUUGCUGACUCGGUGGAUGUACAUUUUGCCUUAAACACGGUUGUUUCUGAUUUGAUGAAAAUGACAAACUGCAUAGCUGACGCAAUUAAAUCCAAGCAAUGUGCAUCGGAAUUAAUUCUUGACUCGUAUAUCAAAUUGCUAAUUUGCAUGGCACCAGUGACACCAGCAACAUCGGAGGAGUGUUGGGAAUCAGUGCAAUUGUCCAAUGGAUUAACACCCAGCUCAAUUUUUACUCAGUCGUAUCCUGCAGACAAAUCAAUCAAGUCCAGUGUUCAGAGAUACAAUAUUUUCAUCAACGGUAAAGCUAGAGGAACCAUUAUGGCAGAUCAAGAGUUGAUAAAGGAAGAGGAUGGUAAAAUCUUUGAGGUGCUUGGAACUAAGGAGGGAAUUUCAAAUCAUUUACCUGAUCAAGUCAAAAAGGUAAUCAAAAAGCCAGGAUUAAUAAGUGUGAUUGGAUAG